AUGUGCCGCCGUCGUGCCAGUGGCUGCGUUCCUGGCCACCGCACAGGUCGCGACACUCGCCGCACGCGUCGCUCUGGGCCGGGCGAAGAGGUACGGGCUGAGGGGAAGACGGUCUUCGACAUUCAGGACACGAAGCACGCGUCCACUGUCUAUGCAGGUGUCGCAUGCGCUGGUCCAGCUGACGUCGGUGUGUACAAAGUCUUCAAAAUGCCUGGGCCGUCGAGUGGCUUGCCCUCCUCGACCUCCGCGAAGCAGAUCGAGGCCCAGAGUGUUCUCCAAUACUUGCAGGGCUGGCAAUGCUGA